GAUCCAAAUGAAGUUAGUAGAAUCAGUUGUAACCAAUUUUAGGUAUGCCAAAAUAUUUCGGGAGAACACUGAGAGGAUUAACUCAAUUGAUUUCUCAGCAAAUGGUGAAACCCUCAUAACCUCAUCUGAUGAUGACUCCAUAGUUAUUUAUGAUUGUGAAAAGGGUACCACUAAGAAAACGUUGAAUAGCAAAAAGUACGGCGUUGAUUUGGUGCAUUAUACACAUGCAGCUAAUACUGCCAUCCAUUCAAGCAAUAAAAUAGAUGAUACCAUCAGAUAUCUUUCAUUACCUGACAAUAAAUAUAUUCGAUAUUUUCCUGGACACACCAAAAAAGUGGUCACACUAUGUAUGUCUCCUGUCGACGACACCUUCUUGAGUGGUUCCUUGGACAAGACAAUCCGCCUCUGGGAUUUGCGUUCACCCAAUUGUCAAGGUUUAAUGCAUCUCAUGGGACGUCCUGUCGCUAACUUUGACCCUGAAGGUUUAAUUUUUGCUGUUGGAAUCAACAGUGAAUCAGUAAAAUUGUAUGAUCUCAAAUCUUUCGAUAAAGGACCUUUCAAUACCUUUAAAUUACAACAAGAUAAAUUAUGUGAUUGGACUGGUCUCAAAUUUUCACCCGAUGGUAAAAUGAUUAUGAUCAGCACGAACGGGAAUGUUAUUCAUCUAAUCGACGCUUUCCAAGGUACACCUCUUCAAACCCUAAUGGGUCAUGUGAAUGCUAAAAAUUUACCAUUGGAGGCAUCGUUUUCGCCUGACUCACAGUUCAUCUUCAGUGGUUCUACGGAUGGUAAAAUUCAUGUCUGGAACGCUUUAACUGGAAAUAAAGUUACAACCUACUUAGGCGAACACACAUCAACUGUUCAAUGUGUUCAAUUUAAUCCUAAAUAUAUGAUGCUCGCCUCAGCUUGUACAAUGAUGCACUUUUGGAUACCUGGUACAUGUGAUGAAUAAAAAGUUAACCGGCAAAGAGACCGAAAAACGUAAAUGUAAAAUUUAAAGAAAUGAAAAGGAAAAGGAGAAAUAAUAAGAAGUUAACAAGGAGAUGCAAGUAAUAAAAAACGGAAAUAAAGUAGGGAAAAAAGAUUAUAAAAGAAUAAAAACUGGAUAAUAAAGAAAUGAACAAAAUCUCUUAGGUGUGAAACCUGUUCAGGGCUGCUACUUGAAUUCAUUGAACAAUCAAACAUCUGAAGAAAGGAAGAUUUCAUUUUCCCACCUUCUUCCUCUCCUUUUCUUUCUCAUCCUAUCAUCCUUGAUUAUAACUAUUCCAUUAUUCAUUUUUUGCUUUCCCAUCAUGCUAAGACGAAAAAAUACAUCAUUACGUCCUUUUUUGUAUUGACAAUUGUUCACAGAAUCAAAAACAAAAAGUUAUUAACUAUCACUAUUUAAUGAUUUAAACUAAUGUAAAUGAAAUGUUGAGUUAAUAGUAUAUCUAUUGGCAUUAACUGUUUAGUUGGACGAUUGAAUUUUCUCAUUUUCUUCAUCAUUUAAUCCUUUUCCCUCUUCAUCUUAGCAUAUUUUCUCAAUUGCUUUCUUUAUUGUCAACAUCUCUUCAUUGCCUCUUUCUUUACUCAAAUUCUACUUCAUUUCACCAUAUUGCUCUUCCAAGUCAAUGUUGUCAUUAAAACCAAAUUCAUUUAAA